AAAGAGGAAACUUACAAGUGGCAACACCUUUGUUUACACAAGUAAACGUCGAUUUCAGUCUGUUAGUGACGGAGUUUGAUUGGGGAAAUUUUUCGAGGAAGAAGGAAGGAAAAAUUGUCACAAGAGGGAUCUAAAAUUGUAGUCUGCAUAAGGCCGUGCAUGCACAUGCGACAAAUUACAUGGCGUAUGAAAAAGUAAGUUUGUGUGAAUUUUGUUGUUGUUGCUUGCAUGUUACUUUAUUUUUUAUAGUUAUGUAUCAUAAUCGUAUCUCAUGGCGUUUUAGAUACAUUGUAUGAUCAAUCAAGCACAGUUCUGAUGCAGUAGUUUACCGUUCAAUGUUGACUGCAGGCCCGAUAUAAAACUGUGCUCUUUGUUCUCAGAAGAUCACAGUAAAUUUUAUAUGCUGUCCCGAAUUUGAUAAAACGUAUAUAAAAUUACUUUAGGAAACAUUUAUUUGUCAGUAUUGUCAACAUACCGGUAACAUGGAUCCAUGUAUACAUGGAUGUAUAUUUCAUUCAGAAUUUAUGUUGGCGAAUUCCUGUAUAAAUGCGUUGUAGAAAUAUGUGUACAUUUCAUAUGUAGAUUCCAUGAGCAACUUUCUUUUCCACCUUGAGUUUCAAAAUUGAAAUCCGUUUCGGUAUAUUUUUAUAAGAUUUGUUUAUCAUAAAUUGCUAAUAAACUUCUACUCACCGCACGUGCAUCACCAAUUCAUACAUACUCUAUUUUUAGGGUUGUUUUUGAAAAAAAAUAUUUUUCUUGGAAUAGACGACAAGAUAACGAAAGUCCAACACGUCACGGGAAAGUGAAAUUAUAAAUGUAUGACAUUCGGCAACCUGAAAUAAACAUGUUUCGGAUUUAAAUGAGUGUAAAAACUCAAAAUAUAUAUCUGACUGGGUAGUUCCCGGGGGACGGGGUUUAUGUACCUACAUGUACACAUAGUAUCGAGUUAUUCGUCCCCGGAGGUAGCCUUUAUAUAUACAUGAUAUACCUACAUGUACGUGUAAUAUAAUGUUUGACGUCCCGGGGGGUAAUUAUAUAUACAUAAUGUGUAUAUAACACGUACUUGUCGAGCUCAGUAUGUUUACAAGUCAAUUUAUUCGCGGUGAUUAAAACAAACGGGUCAUUUUUUUUUAAACCUCUCUAGGUAGUGUAAUGGAGAAAGUUAAUUAAUCAAUUGGCAUUCAAUAAAUCAAUUAGUCUCGGCGGUUUUUUUUUGUUUUUGUUUUUUUCUUUCUUAUUCAUGAAAUCUCAAUAAUAAGAAUUUACAAAAUAUGACUAUAAUAAGCGUAUAAACAUGAAACUGUCAAGGAUUUUUUUUUUAUUUUGAGAUGAAAAUAAAUCUACAUUGUACGACAUAACCACAAAAACAAGACAAGCAUGACGACAGUAUUUAUUCGUGAAAUGGAAAUCUUUCGUAACAAUUUACUUCAUCAUCUCCGAGCAGAAGGAGAGGGUUGAUGCCUGAAGUUUUGUCGGCGUGUCGUGACGGAUAUAUUGAAUUUUCUUUGACGAGCUUGGUUGGAUGUAGUUGUCUGGGUGACUGGAAGAUGAAGGACACCAUUGUUGACGGUACCAAGAUGUCAAUGUUGCAGACCAACGGGGUAGGGGGGACGAGAGGCGCCAUGAAACGACAUAGUCUUGCGGACAUCGCCGAUGCUUGGAAAGGUCUACCACUGACCGGCACAAGAAGGGGUUCGAUGACGUCAUGCCGGAUGUCGGUUGGCAACGCACUGGACUGCGCAGCGCGGCAUGAAUUUCUGGAAAGCAUCCAGGUAGCAAUCAUUCAGCUGUUUCAGAAGAAAGCCCUGCAGGAGUGUGAAUUAGUACAGAUUCAAGACAAUGUCCGGAAUUUGGUGGAUUCCGAGGCAGGCCCUCUUAUAUAUGAUUUCUUCAAGGAUAAAUUAUUGAAGAAAGGGAUGGUGAUACUCCGUGAGUUUAUGAAGAAUGACCUAGGUUUGGUGCUCCUGAAGAAAAUGAGCGACCAGUGGAACUACUUUUAUACACAAAUCCUUCCUACGCUGCAGGCAAUGUUGUACCCACUGCCAAAUAAAGAUGUCUCAAUACGAAAGAUCACAAUGCUGGAAUUCAGGGACGUGGUAGUUUUAAAAGUAGGGAUCGAAGACACCCUCAACUCGGUAUCUAGGGACGAUGUCCCCACGCAGAUCAUCCAAAUGUUUCUAGUUCUUCAGGGCAUACAUGAUGGAUUCCCGCCAAGUGAGAACUACGCUCGAUUGGAACGACUUGCUGCGAAAGUAAUUAACCCGUACUUGGGGUUCUUCGGUUUCUAUGAAGGUUCGUCUAAACCUACGAUAGAAUCGUCCCUUAAACCAACUACAAAAAUCAAACACUCAGAGAAAACAGAGGCCUAUGAAGGCGAUAUAAAGACAACCCGUCCCAAAUCUACAAAUCCUCUUUUCAUAAAAUCGUUGCAUCAUCAUCGUCAUGGAAAUGGACAUAUAUUCAGUCACAUUCUUGAACCAGUGGUAGAACAAGACACUGUCCGGAGACACAGUAUAGACACAUCUCCAAGACUGUCCAGUGUCCAUUCCUGAUACAGAAUGUGUCUUAGGUAUCAAUGGAACCCCGUGUUGAAUGAGUGUUCAGUGAAUAAAUGUCUCACAACACUGUGAAGGAUGUAAUUCAGUCCAGAGAUAUGAAGACUGAGUGUCUAGUGUUUAUACCAUACAGGAAAAACUGACAGAUAUCGCUGAAACGUGUUCAUUAUAAAUACGGAAAUAGAAAACAACGAAAAGACAUUUCUACAAAGAAGGAUAGACGACCUGGAUAAUGAUGGUUGUUCGUAUUGCCAUGGACACGUGACCCCGUAUUGAUUCUCCUGAGAACAGAUUGAUAUUGUAUUUUGAUGUACAUGUAUCCAUGCAUGUUUGUUACUAAUGAUGUUAUAAAUUUCUGGCUUUUUACACCAAAUUAUGGCACCGGUUCAAUUUCCAUCAUUCGUCUCAUUAUUUUCUUAACAUUUUAUAAAAUGUAAUAGGAGGUAUUUCAUUUCCUGUUUGUCGUUGGUUGAAAUAAACAUGAAGAUGCAGAUGAUACAUUUAUAGAGUUAACAUCUCAUCUGAUACUUUGUUCUUAAA